AUAGGUGCACUAGAGAGUGAAGGGGACUUACCACAGCAACAGUGCCCACGUCCGGAAUGGAUGAAAGUUGGAACUGCAUACCACUUCAUGAAGUUUGCUAUGGCCUCAUAUGGAUGGCCAUGGUUCAUGUAUGGUAGGUUUUGCAGAGCCACCUGUUAUCUCUGGAAAAAUCUGCAAUGCUGCUCUUGCUUAAGACAUUCGCCUCCAUAUGUGUUGCAAGACAAUUGUUGUAUGUGCCACACAGCUGCUCUUAAGACCAUUACUGGACUAACAGAAGAAAAUAUUACUUAUAUUACUUUUCAUAAUAAGAUUUAUGAGGUUCCAUUCUUUGUUGCAAUUGAUGAUGAUACUGGAAAUGUUGUUGUUGCAAUAAGGGGGACUCUAUCUCUUCAGGAUGCCAUAACAGACCUUACUGCUCAAUGCACUCAUGUUGAAUGUGAAGGGUUACCAGAUGGUUGUUUUGCACAUAAGGGUAUGGUACACGCUGCAAAAUUUGUACUUCAGAGAUUAGAAGAAACUCGAGCUGUGGCAGAUGCUCUGUUAGCUCGUAAUGGUUAUGGUCUUGUUAUCACGGGUCACAGUUUAGGUGCUGGCACAGCUGUAGUCCUGGCUGCCAUGAUGAGACCACAGUAUCCUGGUCUGAAGUGUUUUGCCUUUUCACCUCCUGGUGGGUUGUGUUCCAAAGAAUUUGCGUUAGCUACUAAGAGUUUUGUGAUGUCUGUGAUUGUUGGGGAUGACUUGGUUCCAAGGUUGUCUCUGAAUUCUUUGCAUGAUCUUCGUCAUAAGAUUAUGUGCGUUCUGGAUACAUGCAAGCAGCCAAAAUAUCGAGUCUUGGCUCAAGGUUGCUGGUAUAUGUUGUUUGGUAUAUCACUAUCAUCUUUAAAUACUUCCUGCACUGUGGAGAGUCCCUCCCAGGAUCGUCCUUUGCUCGAUAACUCUUCAGGGUCCUACACUUAUGUCCGUAAGGGCAGUGGGCAUCCUCCUUUAAUGGCCAAGAUCAACCCUGUAUUUGGAUUUCAUGAAGAGCAGGAGUCUUUAGAUGACGUCCAGGUUGUGUUUUCUAAUGAAGACCGGCGGUCCCAAGUUCCCAGGCAUACUGAAGUGCCAAUGUUCCUGCCAGGAAGAGUUUUAUAUUGCAUACCUAGUGUUUCAGAGGAAGAGGGCGAUGGCAGUGCUGGACACUGGGAGUACCAAUGGGGCGAGAUGAAGCAGUUCUCACAGAUACUCAUUUCUCCGUUCAUGUUGCGUCAUCAUUUCCCUCAAGUGGUGCUGGCUGCCCUGGAGGAUGUUGCUAAACAAGCAUCUGAAUCCACCUAAUGUCUGUUGUCCUUAAUGUUGUGUAACUUAUAAGAUGAAACUGUGUACUAGUGUUUUAGGAAUUAACUAUGGCUCAUUCCCCGUCAGUUGUAUGAAAAGGAUUUUAUUUGGUGUUGCUCAGUCCAUGGAUAUCAUGGUAACUUUUACACCGGUUGUCUGUACUUAAUUUUUAAAAAUGAUAUUUAUGUAUGGUAAAUGUAUGAGGGUGAUUGAUCAGACUAUUUUUAAAUAGCUCGAUAAAGUGUUUCAGUAGCUUUUGAUAAAGGCAUGGGGUUACAACGAAAACUGUGACUACUGUACUCUUGUAAGAUAAUAUCUAUUUUCAUAUUGUCUCAGUAAUUGGUAGUUAUGGUGCGUGUAAUCUGGAGGGUUUGUAUUAAAUUAAGUAUUUAUUUCCUGUUGU